UUCUCUGUCAGGCUGGGUAGAGACAGGAGGGUCCCGCGGAGGAUGGAGGAAAAAUUCCCCACCGGCAUCAAGCCCUACCUGGACAAGUUCACCUUGGGCGUCACAAGGAUCUUGGAGACUUCCCCAGGAGUUGCUGAAGUGACUUUUGUGGAAAAGGAGCCAGCCGAACGCCACACAAUCGUCUCUUGGGAACAAAAAAACUCCUGUGUAUUACCUGAGGAUUUAAAGAACUUCUAUCUGAUGACCGAUGGCUUCGAGAUGACCUGGAGUGUGAAGACUGAUGAUACUCCGAUGCCCCUGGGCUCCAUGGUGAUUAACAGCAUCUCAAAGCUGUGCCGGCUUGGUGGUUCCUCUAUGUACACUCUGCCUAGCGCUCCAACUCUUGCUGACCUGGAAGAUGACACAGAUGAGGAAGGUAAUGGAGACAAGCCAGAGAAGCCUCACUUUGAUUCUCGUAGUCUUAUCUUUGAAUUAGACCCAUGCAAUGGGAAUGGGAAAGUCUGUCUUGUUUACAAGCAUGCUGAACCAGUGGUCUCCCCAGACACAGAGAUCUGGUUCCUGGACAGAGCUCUGUAUUGGCAUUUCCUCACCAAAACCUUCACAGCCUACUACCGCCUGCUCAUCACGCACCUGGGUCUCCCCCAGUGGCAGUAUGCCUUCACCAGCUAUGGGGUCAGCCCCCAGGCCAAGCAAUGGUUUAACAUGUAUAAACCCAUAACCAUCAACACAGCGCUCCUGUCUGAAGAGGCAGAUUCCUUUGUGAACAAGCUGGACCCCAAUAAGGUAUUUAAAUGCAAGAACAAAACUCCAGUGCUCAAGAAAAAACAGCCUCCACAGCCACCAGGCUCCCAGAAGAGUCACACAAGCAUGACCUCUGCCAAGACAUCCUCACUAGCAGGGAAUUCUUCAAGGAAGUGAGCCUGCUAGAUCUGACCCUGGACAACAUUUGCAAUAAGCUUUGAUGUUUUCUGCUGCAGAGUCUCUGUGGCCCAGACCAAGUUCCUCGUGCAUGAAUAGAUGUGCCCAUGGAAAACACAUUGCAGCGCUUGCAUGAAAUAGAGCUGUGAUGUGGAUGUAGUUCCUGGAGGCUCUUAAAAAAAAUUGAUACAUCAAUUUUAUUCCCUUCUGCUACUUGCAGCAUGUACUUUUCAGAGGGCAUGAAGAAACCUUUGAUGUCACUGAUCCAAAGGGAAGCAUUUGUUCCUGUACAACUGCAGCAGUGAAAUGAAAGUAAAUAUAAUUCACUGUAACUUUAACCAGACCCAUGCUGAAGUAGAGAGUGUGAAGAUGUUUCUUCCAUGUCCUUUGAAAGAAAACUAUCCUGACCUUGCAUGCUGUGGGAGCAGGCUGGAACCCACUGAACAGAGAAGUAUCUUUCCCUCGACAUAGAAUCAAACUCUGCACUUCCCUUUGCUUCAUCCAACUUCUGCUCUGAGAUUCAUGGUACAAUGGGACUUGAGACUUCCAUGUCUCUGCAUUUGCCACUUGCUCUGCAGCCAGACCACUUUUUGGCCUUCAAGCUCCUCCUAGAUUGGAAGGCAAUAUGUAUAUUGUAUUUGCCAUCUGGGAGAGGUGUGGCAGUUAUCUCCUGGUAAUUGGGCAGUUUUCUUUAUCUCUUCCACAAACCAGUCCUCCUUCCUGGGAGAUAUCUGCUGUUAACGGGCCAUUGAGUGUCACUGCAUGACUGAUAAAAAUUACGUCAAGCGUCCCAUUGUGAGCUGCUUCACCCAGGGAGAGGAGCCAAGCAUUCCUACCUGGAUAUAAUCUGAGAUUUUGGGGCACCAGAACAGCCUUUCCACUGGAUUCCCAGAGAAGCAGCUGCCUUUUCCACUGGAUCUGCCGAGGAAGACCAGGCCCAUCUACACCACCACUGUAUCUUCAGAGGAAGACUGCACCUUUCUACAGGAUCACUGCUCCAACAGAACCACACCUGCCACUCCAGGACUGCAGCCACCAUUCCAAUUGGACUGCUGCCAACACCCUGCCCAACAGGGUGUCAGGUGAUAUUCUGACUCUAUCAGUGUUGUUUUGUAUUACUGCAUUGUUUAUUUUAUUUUUAUUUUCUUCCGUAAUAAAGAACUGUUACUCCUGCUCCCAUAUCUUUGCCUGAGAGCCCCCUCUUAAUUUCAAAUUUAUAACAAUUCAGAGGGAGGGGGUUUACAGUUUACAGUUCAGGAGAGGCUCCUGCCUUCCUUAGCAGACACCUGUCUUUUCAAACCAAGACAGUGCUGUAUCUUUUCAGAUGGUGACAUGAUUUGCAAUAAUCCUGAAGCCAGAAGCUGCAAAAUCCUUUGUUGCCUCCCUUUGUGGGAAUUGCUGAGCACAGAGUCAAUGGUGUUGAGUCCCGUCAGCCAGGAGGACCCCUUGGUUUGUCACACAUUCAUUUGCAAAGCUGACCAUUGAAACAGACACUUUUCUGUUGAGCAGGAUCUCACCAGGGGCCACUGAGAUCCUGCAGCCUUAGAAGCCCUGAUGCUGUUUUCUAUACUGUAAUUUUUCAUGUUAGAACUGCACUGUAACCCAUUCACUGCUGGUUUUCAGUUACUCCUGUUUGUUUCCAUUACUUUUCUAUGCUAUUCUGUCUUCCAAAUACACUGGAAUCAUGGUAGCACCCAAUACAUUUUGUGCCUGAAUAUGGAAAUCAAAAUCACUGUCUUCAAGUAAGCAUUGACUAUUUAAACAGCAUCAUCUCUAAUUUUUGAAAAACCACCACAUAAUUACACAAGACAAACCUACCUCACAGGGAUGUUGUGAGGCUUUCAUGGGUGUUUGUAUGGGAUGAAGCCAUGCUGUAAGUGCUUAAUAGUAUUUUAAUAAAUAUUUGAAUAUUUUCCUCCAAAGUGAUUGGGUAUUUGAAGA